UAUUUAGUCCUAAACAUGGAGCCUAGACGUUAGCAUGUCGCAGCGGCGUAUACUCUGCAAUCGACAGAGCGUCAAGCAUUGACGGUUUUUGAGGCGCCUCAAAAAUCGUCUCAAGUAUUGACGGGAUACGUCAUCAGUAGCGUCGCAGCGGUAGGAAAUGCGCGAUGGCUUUUAGUCACGAAUUCGACACACGCGAAGGUUUGGUACGGGUUUCAAAAACAUACUCAGAAUUCUUAUAGUAGAUUCCGAAUCACCAGCGAUCGGGAGGAGCCCCCGAUUGCGCAGCAUCACAGUAACUAGCAAGCGAUAGUGCAACCGCCACGCCUGGAGCAAGCGAUAGUGCAACCGCCACGCCUGGAGGUCCUCAUAACUCGCUUGGAAAAGAAUCUUCGCGAUGCCGACGCCAUUCGCGCGAGAGCUGGCGUGCGGAAUCGUGAAGGACCACUUCGGCGACCAAGUAGAGACGGUGUGUCGCACGCUACUCGAGAAGGGCCAGCUGGGCCUGUCGCUUCAAGACCUAGCCCGCCACACCUCCCUCCCUCCCCCAUCGCUGCGCUCCGCCCUCUUGGUGUUGGUGCAGCACAACUGCGCCCAGGCGUUCCGCCAGCAAACCGACGACACCGGCCCUCUUGUGCGCACGCCCACGCUCUACAUCGCCCUGCAGGACUCCAUUCUGCCUCGCCUGCGCUUCCCCAAGUUCAUGGAUCAGACCAACGAGCUGCUGGGGGAAGAGGCAGAAGCAGUGGUAGAGGCUUUACUGGAGCACGGCCGUCUGUCCCUUCACCAGCUGGUGCAGCGAGCAAUAGCGAAAGCUGGCUCUGCUGACCCGUCUGCUGCCAAGAUGGGGGCUCAGGUUCGGCAGCAGCUGUUGGAGGCCUUGUCAGUGCUGGUCCAUGAAAGGCUCGUUGAGAGGGUCGGGAGUCCCGAACCUAUGCUGCAGCCUCGGGGAGCAGGCACCGAUGCUCCCAAGACCGCUUCUCGUGCUCGAGUGCGCACAAGAGCCAUGAUGGAGGCGUCUGGCUACUUUGACUCGGAGGAGCACCGCGUGGUCGUUGCAGCGCGCUGCAGCGACGCUCUCCGCUUCCAGUUACCAGCCGCCUGGGUGUUAUCUGGCGGUGGGGAUAAUGCUGCUGGCGGCGCUGGUGGUGGUGGUGCUGGCGGGAUGGCUGUUGAUGGGAGCGCAGGAGCGGAUGGGGGUAUGACAGCAGCUGCUGCAGCUGCAGCGGCAAAGUUCAAGGAACGGAUGGGGGGUUAUGUGACAGCAGCAGCAGCAGCAGCCAAGUUCAAGGUAAGCAGUCGUAAAGCACCAGGGGGAGGAGCUGGAGGAGGAGCAGGAGGAGCAGGAGGAGCAGGAGGAGCAGGAGGAGCAGGAGGAGCAGGAGGAGCAGGAGGAGCUGGAGGAGCAGGAGGAGCAGGAGGAGCAGGAGGAGCAGGAGGAGCUGGAGGAGCUGGAGGAGCAGGAGGAGCAGGAGGAGCAGGAGGAGCAGGAGGAGCAGGAGGAGCAGGAGGAGCAGGAGGAGCAGGAGGAGCAGGAGGAGCAGGAGGAGCAGGAGGAGCAGGAGGAGCAGGAGGAGCUGGAGGAGCAGGAGGAGCAGGAGGAGCUGGAGGAGCAGGAGGAGCAGGAGGAGCAGGAGGAGCUGGAGGAGCUGGAGGAGCAGGAGGAGCAGGAGGAGCAGGAGGAGCAGGAGGAGCAGGAGGAGCAGGAGGAGCAGGAGGAGCAGGAGGAGCAGGAGGAGCAGGAGGAGCAGGAGGAGCAGGAGGAGCAGGAGGAGCAGGAGGAGCAGGAGGAGCAGGAGGAGCAGGAGGAGCAGGAGGAGCAGGAGGAGCAGUAGGAGCAGGGGGAGCAGGAGGAGUAGGAGGAGCAGGAGGAGCAGGAGGAGCAGGAGGAGCAGGAGGAGCAGGAGAAGGAGCAAGGGGGAGGGGGAGGACCCCACGACUUGCAUCCCCAGAAAGGAAACGAGUUGUCCUGGAUGACGAAGAGGAGGAGGGCGGAGGGGCACCCAGUGCAAAGCGCGCAGCAACGGGAGCUGCAGGGGGGGCGGGUGGAGCGGAGAAGCAGGCCGGGGGGAACACUGAAGACUCUGGCGUGCUGUGGCGGGUGAAUUACGAGGAGUUCCUGAGGCGAACGAGACACCAGACCAUAGUGGACUUUGUGCGCGAAAGCAUCGACCCAGGUGCCUCCAUCAUCACCGCUGCCAUGCUCCAUGCCGGAAAGAACCAAGAAACUUCCCUCCGACACCCAUACUCAGCAUCCCUCUCACUCGACUCCAUAGUCAACGCAGUGCGCGGCACUAUAGACGGUCGUACCAUGGCUCUCGAUCGAAUCAGAGCUGCCCUUCAGCUGCUCGUGGCGCAUCCCGCUGCCGUUGCUGCCCGGGCCUCUGAUGCUCACUACACCAUCCAAUCUGCCAGGAUCAUUGAGCUAGUGAAGCUCAGAGAGGUUGAAGCCAUUGUUUCUCAGCGCUUUGGCCCGUCUGCCUGCCGGCUGUUCCGCCUGCUGCUGUCGAAGCACUGCCUGGAGCAGAAGCAGGCGGCGGAGCUCUCCAUGAUAUCCCUUGCGGACGCGCGGCAGCUGCUCUACCGGAUGAUGCUGGAUGACUUCGUCCAGCUGCAGGAAGUCCCCAAGACAGCGGACCACGCCCCCCAACGGACCUUCUACCUCUGGCGCAUCCACAUAGGCACAGUCCUUCCCAGAGUGCUCAACCACAUGUGCCAUGCUGCAUGCAACCUGAGGCUGAGACUGGCACAUGAAAUGCAGCAGGAGCAGGAGGUGCUGUCUCUCCUAGAGCAAAUAGAGCAGGCGCAUGCAGCAGGCGGCACAGGCGGUGGUGGUGCAGCGGGUGAAGGCAGAGCAGCGCCGGAGAAGGCGGUCAGCUUGACCUCGGGGCAGAGGAAGCAGCUGGAGAGGAUAAGGCGCGUGGCGGCAGUGCUGGAGACCUCGUUGCUGCGGCUUGACGAUACAAUUACUCUCUUCUCGGCGUUUUAGACAUGGUUGAGAGAGCAGAGGUGGUAGGCAGAGGGAGCAGAGCGAACAGGGAAGCUUAGGAGCAGAGGAGCAGGGCCGCAGUGGGAGCAGAGGAAGGAAAGGCUUCUGCCACAGCCCAGGAAUGUGAGUCAAUUUAGUUGUGCUCUCAGCCUCCUGUGACAGAUUUUGCGCGAAGCAAGCUUUGCAGUUCUCGAGGAAUCGCUGCGUUAAAACGUUUGGUAUGAUAGAAUAAAUACCUCAAGGGAUGUUGAGGGGGAGAUGCAGCAUGAAGGCUGCGGUUUUCAUUGGUGGGUUCUAUCAGAAAUUGAAGAAGUGAAUAAUAUUAGAGAGAGGUGUCAAACAUGUGUAUUUGUCAUGUUUGUAUAGACUGUAUAGAGUCACCUCUUAGAGGAUACAAAACUUAGAUAUAUUUGUGUGUACUCUCACUUUACCAUUAUUCAAUUAUU